GUGAUGUAGCCACACCCACCCCACAUUUUUCUACACUAAAUAACCUGGAUUAUGUACUGCCAGUGGGCCUAAACUUUUUUUUUCUUUCUCCACAAAAAGACGCGACGAGCAUCCUAUAGUCAAGUCAACUGAGUCCAAAAAAAAACUGAGUCCUUGUUCUGCAUCUCGUUGGGGAGCUUUAUAUAUACACAAGCUGCAGGGAGACGAUUCAAUCCAGAAGCCUCACGACCCAAUCUUACUCUUAUCUCGACAAGCUGCUAAGGAAUCCCUCAAGCGCUCGAUCUACUCCAGGUUGGAGCAGCUCCAGAUCCAGAGCAUCUCUUGAUUCUUCAGAAAUGGCCACAAACGCUAGCAGAGGUAAAGCCGAAGAGAACAAGCCAAGCGUUCUGAGCACGUUGCCAAAGGAACUGCCGCUGGACUUCUUGAAGACCAUCACAGAUCAGUUUUCUGAGGAGCGCAAUCUCGGCACGGGUGCAUUUGGAACAGUUUAUAAGGGAAUUGUGCCAGAUGGGGAGACGAUUGCUGUAAAGAAACUCGCCGAGAAUUCGCCAGUUGCACGCGACAAGCUGUUUACCAACGAGGUCCAAAAUAUUAUGGCUCUGAACCAUGAAAAUGUAGUAAGGUUAGUCGGCUACUGCCAUGAAGCACAGAAGAAAGUGGUGCAGAACAACGGAAGAUAUAUUGUUGCAGACAUUGUUGAAAGCUUACUCUGCUACGAACAUUUACCUAAGGGAAGCCUUCAGAAGAAUCUUUUUGAAGUACCAGAUAAAAUGGAUUGGGACACACGCUUCAAAAUAAUUAAGGGGAUCUGCAAUGGUUUACUCUUCGUACAUAGCAUUCCUAUUGUCCAUAUGGAUCUAAAGCCGGAAAACAUACUGUUGGAUGAUAACAUGGUGCCGAAAAUCGCGGAUUUCGGUCUCUCCAGACUGUUUGGUCAAGAGCAAACACGGAUGAACACACAAAAUGUUGUGGGAUCAUAUGGAUACAUAGCUCCGGAAUAUCUAUACAGAGGUGAAAUCUCCACCAAGUCAGAUAUAUACAGUUUAGGCCUACUAAUCAUGGAGACCACCACAGGACAGAAAAAUUGUCCCAGCAACGAACCAUCUGCAGUGCAAUUUAUUAGAAAUGUACGUGAAAAGUGGACAGAGCUGCACAUAGCAACACGGUACCCAUCGUUGAAUGCGGAUCGCCUCCAGCAAGUGAAAAGAUGCAUCCAAAUUGGACUAGAAUGUGUGGAGAUUGAUCGGCAGAAGAGGCCUGCCAUAGAAAAUAUUGUUGACAAGCUAAACGGUCGAUGUGCAUCAAGAUCAGAAUAGAAUGUGAGCAGUCUAUUAAACAGCAUCUGGCAUAAUUUAGCUUAUGCUGUGCUUCAGCUGGUGGUAACAUACUCCUUUCAAAUUCAGAUCUGCAUGCUGUCUGCAGAGACCAAAACUUGGGUCUUCUUCAGGAGAGAUGUGCAAGAUGGAAAGAACAUGCUCUAUUAUUGCCAGAAUGAAUUUCUUUUCCAAAAUAAUACGCUAUGAUGCAUCUUUGUGUAACCUGUUAAAUGUUAGUUCUUCUGGUAACUGAUUUCCAGUUCUUUUUCCUGUUUGACAGUCACAUGUAAUCGAGAUGCUUGAAAUACUGUUCAAUGUCACAUGUAAAUAUGAACUUAUUUCCCUUAAUACCAAUAGGUGCUUAGGUGGGUAUACGAACCGAUCUGUCUGUUUAAAGCAAUGAAGCAACUUUGGGGUUUA